GAACCCUGUGUUUAAAUAGGCCUGCUGGACUUUCUCCUCCCUCCAGAGAACUGCUCACACGCUAACCAACGGUGCUCACUCUGCUCUAGUAAGGAGAGCGCGCUUUUCCCAAAUGACCAUGCAAGCGGCUUUCUUCCCAUUCCUCUUGAUUGCCGCCCAUGUGUCCAUAGCCGUGGAUUGUAAGCCCAGGUCGAAGGACCCGGAGGCGCUACAGCUUAAGCAGAGCUCAGGUACGCCAUCCAGGAGGACACAUAACUACAUUCUUCCAAGUGCCGGAUCCAUGAGGAAACGCUUUCUUGGCCACUUUCUGGUUGUUCAUCCAGUAAAGACACACAAGCGCAACUAUGUGUCCAUAUUUGACCUGAAAAGAAAGCGUUUUGUGUGCAUGGACUUGGAGGGAGAGCUGUACAGCUUUAAACAAAAAAAGUUCAUCGGCACAAACCAGCGUGUUGUGACUUCCUCUCAGAAUGGAUGUCAGCUUCUACUUUCUCACCCCAAGUCAUCAGGGCAGUCCUCCAUCUCACCAAAGCGCUUCCUGGCCCGCUUAGUGAGUAGACAGAGGAGAAGUGAGGAGGUGAACCCGUCUGACCCGUUAAGGUCUGAGUCGCAGCCCUCUCAUUCCGUCAAUGACCACAAAGAAUUGGAUCACCGCCAGCCGGAGCCGGACCAGACGGGAGCUGUGUCAAAAGAGACCAUCCCUUCCAGUGAUGACGACCCCUUAAAAGUCUUGCAUGCAAACGGGCCUGUGAGUCCAGUCAAGACCAACAUAGCGGACCGAGCGGAACAAGAGUGACAUCAACUUGGGCAAAUGGAAUGAAGGGGUGAACACUGGAAGGGUGAAAACGGUCCGUUUCCGGAAGAUGGUCAAAACAGAAAAUGAUGACGUAAAACCUCUGCUAUUUUUUCAGGCAGGUUUUUAACAUUUUUGAGAAGUGAGUGAAUUGUUGUUUUUUUAGAAAAUAUGUUUAAAAAAAGCCGCCAACGUUAUAAACGACGAAGAUGCGUCACCCCAUGCAUCUCAAUUUUUCUUCUGUGUCAAAAGAAGUUUAAAGUGAAAGACUACCAAGUGAUGGUUAUGUUGACACUGGAAUUUGCUUCUGUGACUUAACUUGAAGAUCAUUUCCAAAAGACAUUUGGGCCACCCAUGUUUUAAGUGAGCAAAAGUAUUGGAACGGAGCUUAUUCAAUUAUUCUGAGUUAACGAACACCUCUAGAUCUAAAUACCAUGAAAUGAAAGCUGGAAGUCCCAACUUUUCAUUCAUAUUCAAAACCCCAAAUUUCUUCAAGAGACAAUAAAAACAAAAGACCUUGCCGUUCCAUUACUUUUGGAGGGGACUAUACUUUUAUGUAACACCCUGUUGUGGCUGGUCCUUCUUUUGAAACAAGUGUUUUAGACUUAAUCCUUUGAUACUCAACGAACUGAGGUCUUUUGAGGUACGAUGACGAAUUUUCUGAUCCAGGAUGGAUCUAACUUUGCCAAGUGUGGUUCUAGACUGAUGAUCACGUGGUGACAAAUGCAGUCAGAGGGAUCGUUUGGAAACAUUGGAUGGUGUCAUGAGGCAGGUUGGGUUCAGCACAGGGUUUUUCGUCAGUUAAACUUUAACCCUCUGGACGAGAUGUGGCAAUGUUUGUUGUGCAUAUGGGAAAUGUGUCAUCUUUGGGAGCAAUUGUGCUUAUUUAUAAAUGUGUAGAUUAUUAUUUUUUUUUUUAAAUGCUUCAUGUAUAAAUUCAUCAGAACCAGCUAGUGUGUUUGCUAUUCAUAUUAGGUGCCGGACACCAA